AUGGCCACGAAAACUCAAGCCACGGCGGCAUUCCUUCUUUUGAAUCUAAUGUUCUGCACAUUCGCCUCUGGCCAACUCCCGUUCACUCCUUCAAUUCCUAUCCUUCAAUGCCCCAUCAAAAUCACGGAAGUAGUCGUCUGCGGCAUUCUGAUCAACCUCAUCAAAAUCGGAGAUUUGACCGCAGCAGCUAAUUCAACCUGUUGCGCUUUGUUAGCGCCUCUAACGAAUGAUGAGGCGGCCAACUGCCUAUGCCUCUCGGUAAAGUUUACUUUGCUUGGUUUCAUCCUGAGCGUUCCUGGUGACAUUAAUCUGAUACUGAACUCCUGUGGCAAGAAUAUCACUAUCGGGGGUUGUUAA